AUGAGUUCGCAACCAAAUGCUAACUCAGAAAUCCAAAAAUUCGCUCGAGAAGCCCGAAAAAUUGACGAGCUGUUUGAUUCAAUUCAUAUCGAUCUCGUAUCAAUCGACUGGAAGUCUAAUAAAAAAUUUGCUUCCAAAUGGAAACACUUGAAAAAAACUUGGCGUGAAGUUUUGCAGGAGUCGAGAGAUGAGAUCUCUGGCUUGGACAAUUUUAUGCAAAGUUUCGCCAACGUGGAACUUCCUUUUCUUCAAGAUACCAAUCAUACCAUACAAGAGAAAUUGAAUUCUUUGGAAAAUUAUAUCCUGGAGGCCAAAUUGAACCGGAAUAAAGCGGAAGGAGUUCGAAAAAAGUUCGACAAACUCUGUGACAGCGUAAAAACCUUUUUGGCUAGUAGGGGUUUUAAUGAAAUUCAAGUGUAUCGCAACGUGACCAUCAAGACUCUGUAUGAAGCACUAUCUGAGUGGGCAAUAGCGUUUAUGAAUUUUGCAUACUCUAGAUUAUGUAAAAAUUUUAAAGAAUCAAACACUACUGACAACGAAGAACUUAAAAAAGCCGCUGGAAAAUUAUCAAACCAGGUCAAACAAAAAGAGUGA